AUGAUUUUCUCUCCGCUGUUCAAGUCAUCCACUCAUUCCGUCCCUAGCCCGGACGGACAGCUUGUGGCGACUCUGCUGUUGUCCAAGAUCAUCGUUCGCUCUGUACAGAGCCUUCGCACAGUCCAUGAGGUGACACCACCAACAGCCUCGGAGCUCGCUGGGCCGAUACUGGCUUUCACCUGGUCCCCGUCAUCCUCAAAAAUUCUCAUCGCUACAGCAAGUCACAUCUAUGUUCUUGGGGUUGUGGAUCCCCGGUUCCGCGCCGUUAUACGCGUUCCAGGUCCAAGUGCUGAUCGGCCAAGCUUCGUCCGGUUCGGUCCUGAUGAUGGGACGAUAUACGCUUUCUCCUCACUUGGCAUCAAACUCUCAAUUUUUAACUUAGCCACCACCAAGGUAGUUGAGAUAAACAAUCCCAAGUUCUACCAGCCAGUGUCGGCGUCGAGGUGUCUUUCAUUCCGCCCUGGCUCGUCCCAUCUUGCGGUUCUUACCCGCACUGCUGGCAGGGAUGUUAUCAGCCUGCAUGCACCGCCAGCGUGGGACGCCCAAAGAUCCUGGUACCCUGACACCGUUGACUGCCAGGGCCUAGUGUGGUCUUCGGACGGCAGGUGGCUUAUCGUUUGGGAGUCGGCUUCGCAGGGCCACAAGCUCCUGUUCUACACCCCCGAUGGUCAUCUCUUCCGGACUUGGACUGGGCCCAAUGCCACCGUUCCCGAACUAGACUUGAAGCAUGCCGAAUUAGGUGCAGGUGUCAAGCGCUGCCAGCUCAGCCCAGAUGCGAGGAGGGUGGCCGUGUGUGACCACACUCGGUUUAUCUACAUUCUAGAGGUACCAGCGGCGUUAGAGACUAUGAGGUUUCACCAUCCAACAACCGCCGUCAUCCCCAAAGAUACCCUCCAAAUUUGGCAAGAACAACUGAACAUGCCCCAAAGCCCAUCAGCGCGCGUUGUUCAUGCUUUUGGGAGAGUUACGCAACCCAUCUCCCCACCAGGCCCGUCGUCGAAUAGUAUUACCAUAUCCGAACCCAGUCUCGGCGGUUCUUCCUGUACUUUCGAUGCCUCCUCCACCCUCUUAGCUUCUCGGAUCGAAGACUCACCGACGGCCCUCUGGAUAUGGGACCUCUCAGCCAUGGAGCUUCGCGCGGUACUCAUCUUCUCGUCAGACAUUGCCUCAUUUCGAUGGCAUCCGUCAAUCCCCGAACUUCUCUCUAUUACCUGCCAAGGUCGAGAUCACCACGGCGUAGUAUUUGUUUGGGAUCCGCUCUCCAACGGACCUCGCCCGAUGGAUUGCGCUUCAUUCUUUCCGGACGAGAAAGUCGCGCCGAAAUGGCAGACCGUAUGGGUAAAUUCAGACACCCCUCCCGCUACGGUCUAUGUGGGUGACAGCAACCAGUACCUGCUUGCCUCUCUCGCGGAAUCUGGAGAUCCUCAUCCCCAUUGGAAGGACGUCCAGCUCAGCCCCUCGUAUGGGAAUACAUUGUCAAUUGAUAAUGUCCUUCAGUCCAAUGAGGAUUGGAACGGCUCUUUGACUGACAUGGAGGAUGAUACUCAAUCUGGACCCGAUGAUACGUUCAGCUUCAAGAAACUCUAG